AUGGCUGAAUUCAAGCAUUUGGUGCUGGUCAAGUUCAAGGAAGAAGUGGCAAUCGAAGGAGUUUUGAAAGGGAUGGAGAAACUUGUCUCAGAAAUGGACAUUGUCAAGUCCUUUGUUUGGGGACAGGACAUUGAAAGCCAUGAGAUGCUAAGACAAGGUUUCACCCAUGCUUUCUUGAUGACAUUUGGUAGCAAGGAUGAUUUCACUGCUUUUGCUAGCCAUCCAAAUCAUGUUGAAUUUUCAUCUACAUUUUCAGCUGCAAUUGAAAAGGCUGUUCUUCUUGAUUUCCCAGCUGUUACUGUCAAGACUUCUUCUGAUGAUCACAAAGAUCAUUGA